AUGAAUCUUCCACUGCUUCGAUUCUUUUUCCACGGUCUUGCUCUCAUGGCCACUCUUCUCCUCUGGGGCCUCAGUGCCUGGAAUGGCACCGUCAAGGCCCUCGUUCUUGCCGUGUAUCAUGCCCGGUUGGCCGACGGGACUCCGUUACGGACGAGAUACACGGGAAUUCAGCUGAUAGACGUUCCCAUCGCCCUUCUCGUUGCGUUUUUCUUCUAUGGUACCAACGGCUCGGUCCCCGGCUAUCAGCUCUUUUUGCUUGAUGCGUAUUCCACGUUGCAAUCCGCGUUCGUUUGGUUGUACGUGGAAAGCUUCCGCCAGUCCGCGAAACCCAGAUGGGUUGCUUGGCCAGUCAUUUUCGGUUUACUCUGGCAGGGAUUUGGGGCCGCCAUUGCUUUGCCACUGUAUUACGCCCUGCAUCUGUCAUGGCUGCUGACAGCACCACGAGCCGCUACAAGCGCUGUCGACCUGCGAGGCGCCAGGGUCAUCCCGUUUGGCUUUCUGCUCGGGGCUUUCCUCCCCGCAGUGAUUGGAAUGCUGCCGACAUGGACCGGCGCGGCGGCUCGGUCGGCCGGUGACCACCAGCGUAUUCUAGCUGCAUGGCAACCGGACCCCCUCUGGGUCUCAUUGACUCAAUCGGCGCUGGUGUUCGGGCUCGGCCGUCUCUUGCGGACCGAAGGGAGGGGAUCUUCCCCACAGGACCAGGUCUCUUGCUGGGUACGCGGUGCGUAUUUGCUCGCGGCAAUGUCAUCAGUGUGCGGGCACGUUUACACCAUGAUCACGGUGUUAUUGGAUCCCCAACUCAGCCUGUGGCACAUUGAUCGGGCCGGGGGCCACCGUCUCACUGGCACUGGUCAUCAGAGAAAAACACCUGGGGCGCCUCAGGAAGGCGCAUGCCCAUUGGGCAUGAUUUUGUCGGUUCGGGGGGGUCGAUAUGGUGCUUCUCUACGUCCUACUAGUAGCUUGGAGCAUCUCACAGUCAACGUUAUUGCAUUGAUCAUGUCUGACUUGAGCGGAAAGGUCAUCGCCAUCACGGGUGCUGCCUCAGGCAUCGGCCUGGCAACCGCCCGACUUCUCGCGCAACAGGGCGCGCUUCUCUCGCUGGCUGACAUCAAUGAGGCCCGGCUGGGAGAAGCGGCCGACAAGCUUCGGCAACUCUAUCCCCGUGAGGUAUCGAGCACCGUAGACCCCGUCCUGACGACCGUUCUAGAUGUCCGGUCCUCGCAGGCUUGCAACCACUGGGUGCAGAAGACCGUCACCCACUUCAAUCAACCUCUAGCUGGAGCUGCCAAUCUGGCGGGUGUCUUCGGAAAGAGCAUUUGGCAGGAGGUCGGGGCGAUACGCAAUAUGACAGACCUCGAAGCAGACUUUGUUCUCGAUGUCAACUGUCGGGGAACAUUCAACUGCCUGAGAGCGGAGUUGGCGCACAUGAAGACCGGCGCGGGGGGACGACAUGGAGGCAGUAUUGUCAACGCCGCGAGUAUAGCAGGAAUCAUAGGAGUCGAACACAAUGGCCCUUAUGUGGCGAGUAAACAUGCGGUGGUGGGAUGGACACGGACGGCGGCCAAGGAGGAGGGGAAACGGGCCAUCCGCGUCAAUGCGAUUGCUCCGUAA